AUGUACUCACGUACCAUUCUCUCGGGUCUGCUGUUGGGAGCAUUGCCCUUACCAACCUCAGCACAGGAUGGCACGAAUACCACAAUCCCCACUCCCCCGAAGCCCGGUCCACCAGCAGGCGACUGCACUGGUGUGAACGCCAUCAGCCCAAAAUGUAACAGCCAAGAAUCUGCGUAUCGAAGAGACUUUUUCUACAUCGGUGGUGGUUAUGUCGACUCUGGCAUCCCGGGCCAGCAGAUGUGGAGCGACCAACUCUACGUCGAGAAGCUAACGCCCGCCAGCAAGGUCAACAAGCCUUAUCCGAUGGUCUUCGUUUCUGCAGGUAUCAACACAGGUGCAGAAUGGCUGAAUACGCCCGACAAUCGCAAAGGAUGGGCCUCCUACUACCUUGACCAAGGCUACCAAGUCUACAUUGUUGAUAUCGCAGCGAACGGCCGAAGCGGCCAACAACUCCUCUCAAAGUACCCUCUACGCCUUGCCUCCACAGACAUUAUCAAUGAGCAAGGUUUCACAGCCGUCGGAAACUUCAAUCAAUACCCCCAAGCAAGCCUCCACACCCAAUGGCCCGGCGACGGAACUCGAGGAGACCCAAUCUUCGACGCCUUCACCGCCGCUAAUGUCCCCCUCUCCUCCUCUAGCGUGAACGUCGAAAACACAAUGCGCACAUCCGGAUGCCAGCUCCUCAGCCUGAUCGGCCAGUCCUACACCGUCUGCCACUCCGCCGGCUGCACCUAUACGGCCAUCUGGUCAGACGCCUGCCCCGAUCUCCUCCGUGCAAACAUCAAUAUCGAGCCCGGUAACCUCCCCUUUACUUCCUUUGUCGGCGGCUCGUCUGGCGUCGGUGGCGGCCGUACCGCCGCUCGACCCUGCGGUCUCACGUACACUCCGCUGCAAUACGACCCACCUGUAACGAACUGCUCGGCUAUUACCACCGUGGAGGUUGGGCUCGAUACCCCCGGCGAGCGCUCUUGCAUUCUCCAGAUGGGUACUAUCCAUAAACUUACGCAGGUCGGUAAGGUGCCGUAUAUUAUGAUUACGGGUGAGGCUAGCCAGCAUAUCACGUAUGACUACUGCUUUGUGGCGUACUUUGAGCAGAUGGGUCUUACGAAUUAUCAGUGGAUUAAGCUGGCGGAUCUGGGUAUUAAGGGGAAUGCGCACUUUUUGUUCUUGGAGAAGAAUAAUUUGGAGAUUGCUGCGGCGAUUGACUUGGGGCUUGAGGAGUUGAAUAAAGGGCCGGAUGCUCCCGAGCAUCCGGUUCUUCCUGUUUCUUUGGAAUGA